CCCGCCUCCCCUUGGCCGAGUCAGGCUUUUAGUCCUACUUCUGGAUGUUUGUUUCUCCUUUCCGGCUGCUAAAGAAGAUGACAAGAAGAAAGGAGUUGUUGUUUUUGUUUUUUUUUCAUUCCCCUCAACACCUCCUCCAUGGGCAAAGAAGCAGUGCGGAACUGUUGUUUCCCGGAACUGAAUAAUUGCUUGCUUCCCAAGAGGUGUUCGGAACACAACACCCGGGGCAAGAUGGCGGCCGGGCUUCGGCCGCUGCCCCGGGGCUGGCGGACCUCGGGGGGAUCGGGCUAAGGCGGCGGUCGCUGCGGCCCGGACCCGGAGUGCCGGGGCCUCGAACGGAUAAAGAUCUCCGGACUGCGGGUAGAGAGCCAGAAAAACCAACUCCUCUGAAGCCAGAGGCUGCAGGAGGUCACUGAUGGUCACCUAGCAUCUCCGCUGCACAGGCAGGUCCUCAGGCUUCGUCGUGUCAGUUUGCAAACAUGUUCACUGUAUCUCAGACCUCCAGAGCAUGGUUCAUCGACAGAGCCCGGCAGGCACGAGAAGAGAGGCUGGUGCAGAAGGAGCGGGAGCGCUCAGCUGUGACAAUCCAGGCCUUAGUCCGCAGUUUCCUCUGCCGGAGGCGACUGCACAGAGAUAUCAGGAAAGAGAUUGAUGAGUAUUUUAGUGCUGAUGAGUCUGGGUCCAGCAAAAGAAGUGCACUUUGUAUUUUUAAGAUUGCUAGGAGACUGCUGUUCAUAUGCAAAACUACCGAGGAUAGCGAGAGACUGGAGAAGUUGUGUCGCAGCAUCCUGAACAGCAUGGAUGCUGAGAAUGAGCCAAAGGUGUGGUACGUGUCCCUGGCUCUCUCCAAGGACCUCACGCUGCUGUGGAUUAAGCAGAUCAAGAGCAUCCUAUGGUACUGCUGUGAGCUUCUAGGGCAGCUCAAGCCAGAGAUCUUACAAGACUCCAGGCUCAUCACACUGUACCUCACCAUGCUUGUGACCUUCACGGACACUUCAACAUGGAAGAUUAUCCGGGGAAAAGGUGAGAGCCUUCGGCCAGCCCUGAACCACAUUUGCGCAAAUAUAAUGGGCCAUCUCAACCAGCGUGGACUUUACUCUGUGUUGCAGGUACUGCUGACCCGAGGCCUGGCCAGGCCCCGGCCCUGUCUGUCCAAAGGCAUGUUAACAGCAGCCUUCUCUCUGGCCCUGCGGCCUGUGGUUGCUGCGCAGUUCUCUGACAAUCUGAUGCGACCGUUCAUCAUCCACGUCAUGUCGGUACCUGCUCUUGUGGCUCAUCUCAGCACCGUGGCCCCUGAGCGUCUCGGCAUUUUAGAGUCCCAUGACAUGCUUCGUAAAUUCAUCGUCUUCCUGAGAGAUAGAGACCGAUGCCGCGAUGCUUGUGAGAGUUUAGAAGGCUGCCAUACCCUGUGUCUCAUGGGCAAUCUCCUGCACUUGGGCUCCCUCAGCCUCAGGCUGUUAGAGGAAGAGAUGGAUGGGUUUGUGAGCGCGCUCACGCAGAUGCUGUGCUACUGUCAGAAGUACGUGGCUCAGAAGAAGUCCAACCUGACCCACUGGCACCCUGUGCUUGGCUGGUUUUCCCAGCCUGUGGAUUACGGCCUCAAUGAUUCCAUGUACCUGAUCACCAAGCAGCUGCAGUUCCUGUGGGCGGUGCCUCUCAUCCGCAUUCUCUUCAGUGACAUCCUGAGCAGGAAGCUGCUGGAGCACACAGAGCCGGCCCCUGUGCAACCGCAGCCGUCCUCACCACAGACGGUGCUCCCCGUGAAGAGCCUCCUCAAGCGUGCGUUUCAGAAGUCGGCUUCGGUUCGGAACAUCCUCAGGCCUGUUGGGGGCCGCCGUGUGGACUCCGCUGAGGUGCGGAAGGUCUGCAACAUCUGCGUGCUCUACCAGACCUCGCUGACGACCCUCACUCAGAUCCGCCUGCAGAUCCUCACAGGUCUUACGUACCUGGAUGACCUGCUGCCCAAGCUCUGGGCGUUUAUCUGUGAGCUGGGGCCCCACGGCGGGCUCAAGCUCUUCCUGGAGUGCCUGAACAAUGACACUGGAGAGUCCAAGCAGCUCCUGGCCAUGCUGAUGCUCUUCUGUGACUGUUCCCGGCACCUCAUCACCAUCCUCGAUGACAUUGAAGUUUAUGAAGAACAGAUCUCCUUCAAGCUGGAAGAGCUGGUCACCAUCUCCUCGUUCCUCAAUUCCUUCGUGUUUAAGAUGAUCUGGGACGGAAUCGUAGAGAAUGCCAAGGGUGAGACCUUGGAGCUGUUCCAGUCCGUCCACGGCUGGCUGAUGGUGCUGUAUGAGCGAGACUGCCGCCGGCGCUUUGCUCCUGAGGACCACUGGCUGCGGAGGGACCUCAAGCCUGGUGUGCUCUUCCAGGAGCUCGACAAGGACCGCAAGAGGGCUCAGCUGGUCCUGCAGCACAUCCCCCACGUCGUGCCUCACAAGAACAGAGUUCUUCUGUUCCGGAACAUGGUUAUCAAGGAGAAAGAGAAACUGGGGCUUGUGGAGACCAGCUCUGCCUCUCCUCACGUCACCCACAUCACCAUCCGAAGGUCCCGGAUGUUGGAGGACGGCUACGAACAGCUCCGGCAGCUUUCCCAGCAUGCCAUGAAGGGUGUGAUCCGAGUGAAGUUUGUCAACGACCUUGGGGUGGAUGAGGCUGGGAUUGACCAGGAUGGUGUCUUCAAGGAGUUUCUGGAAGAGAUCAUCAAGAGGGUGUUCGACCCCGCACUCAAUCUGUUCAAGACAACCAGCGGGGAUGAGCGGCUGUACCCAUCACCCACGUCCUACAUUCACGAGAAUUACCUGCAGCUCUUUGAGUUUGUGGGGAAGAUGCUGGGAAAGGCAGUGUAUGAGGGGAUUGUGGUAGAUGUGCCCUUUGCCUCCUUCUUCCUGAGCCAGAUGCUCGGGCACCACCACAGCAUCUUCUACAGCUCCGUGGAUGAGCUUCCCUCCCUAGACUCUGAGUUUUAUAAAAACCUCACCUCCAUCAAGCGCUACGAUGGAGACAUCGCAGACCUCGGGCUGACGCUGUCUUACGAUGAAGACGUCAUGGGUCAGCUCGUCUGCCACGAACUGGUUCCCGGAGGGAAGACCAUCCCGGUUACAGAUGAGAACAAAAUUAGCUACAUCCAUCUGAUGGCGCAUUUCCGAAUGCACACUCAAAUCAAAAACCAGACAGCUGCUCUUAUCAGUGGCUUCCGUUCCAUCAUCAAGCCUGAGUGGAUCCGAAUGUUCUCUACCCCCGAGCUUCAGCGCCUCAUCUCCGGGGACAACGCUGAGAUUGAUCUGGAAGACUUAAAGAAGCACACGGUGUACUACGGUGGCUUUCAUGGGAGCCACAGGGUCAUCAUCUGGCUCUGGGAUAUCCUGGCUUCCGACUUCACGCCUGAAGAAAGAGCCAUGUUCCUGAAGUUUGUGACCAGCUGCUCCCGGCCCCCGCUCCUAGGAUUCGCCUACCUCAAGCCUCCGUUCUCCAUCCGCUGUGUGGAAGUAUCAGAUGACCAGGACACUGGGGAUACCCUGGGCAGCGUCCUCAGGGGCUUCUUCACCAUCCGCAAGAGGGAGCCAGGCGGGCGUCUGCCCACGUCUUCCACUUGCUUCAACCUGCUUAAGCUGCCCAACUACAGCAAGAAAAGCGUACUGCGAGAGAAACUGCGCUACGCCAUCAGCAUGAACACGGGCUUUGAGCUCUCCUAACACACCCCGGUCUCGCUACCACAGAGCCCCCAGGAGUGUGGCCAGGGUACCCGCAGCCCUCAGACCCUCUCAAUAGCCAUGAGACACCCAAGCUUGGGGAUGCUACACAGUGCCCUCCAUGCACUGGGGAGAGAGGGCUGAUGAAAAUAACCCCCCAGUUCUGCCCUGUGGGGCCUGAGACCUGGGCCUAGUGAUUACAGAGCAACUCCUGGCGAUUCUGUGAGGCUUUCUUCUCUUCCCCUCUGAGGACACAAGGCCUGUGCCUGUGAGCUCCUCCUUCCGUUCUGAAAACUCAGGUACGGCCUCGCCAAGCCUCUAUGCACAGCAAAGUCCCUGCCUCUACCCUGUCCACAGUGGCCUCUUCCCAGGCAACCAAGCCCAGCUCCUGCCAGGGAGGCCACUGAGCACAGUCAGGGUCUCUCCUACAGGGAUACAGGUGGUCCACACCACAGCCCUCCUUCCCAAGUCCUCAGCAGGCCACGCUGUCAGGGAACCCUUGCUGUCAGCCCCUGGCCUGUGCAUCAGUGUCCUAGCUUGGGAAAGAAACCUGUCGUUCCCCUGGAGAACAGCCCAUUUCUGGAGUACCCAGAGCCUGCUCGCUCUGGGCGUCUGGGAGAACCACAUGAGACCCUACAGUGCCCAGCUGCCUGGGUAGUACUUUAUUCCAGGGACUUCAGAGUCCAUCCUUUUGCACUGACAGACCCUGGGGACUGAGGAUACGUCCCACACAUCUCAUCUCCACACCGCCUCUUUUGGCACUACGCUUUGUCUGGGACCUCAUUCUCUUUUCCCACCCACUGCGCUCCUGGGCCCUCCCUUUCCCCAUUUCCCUUAAGAACUUUCUCCAGAUUCAGGAUGUUGAGGCAGAGGCCCAGGACUUAGUGACCUGCUAGCAGCCACACGUCUCCUGCCUCAUCAGGUUCUUGUCUCCCUCCCACCCUGGUGGAAGCCAGGAGUCCUGGCCCCUCCUCCAUUCCCUGGAGCCAGCUUAGGGCUACAGCACUCCUUCCCCAAGGAGCCUGCACAGUGGGAAGUGGCCGUGCCCUGUUCUCACUUUAGCAAAGAUCUGGGGCUGGAGCAUGGGGUAGGCCCAGGAAAGUCCCUGGGGUUCUGGAAGGUGGCUCCAGUUUCACGUCUGCCAGCCAUGUGUGUUCCCAGCUUGCUCGCAGACCCUGUGCCCCGUUCACAGCCUGCACAGGUAACACAGAGCCUGCAAGUUACAGCGGGCACACGGAGAGUUAGUUGUAAGCACCGAUAUCAACUUGACCCGUUUGUCUUUGACCUAGGGCUCUGUCGGUCACCUAGAGUCUGCUUCCCGGCAGUUAUGUCAUAGCAGCUGUUUGAUGACAUCCCAGCAGCUCCUGGUGGCGCCAGAAGGAAGCGGGGGUUUUUGUUUUUGUAGGUAACUCGUGGACUAAGACUUGUCAGGGCUUUAUUAAAUUUGUACUUGAGCACA